AUGGAACAAAUGAGGUUACAAGAGAGCUUCUGCUGCUUAGAAAAUGAGGUUAGCUCUGUUACUGCAGAUAUUACCUAGAUUGAUUAAGCUUCUCAAGACUCAUACGUGAAUGGCUAUUGAUUAAUUUUCAAGGUGUCAAAAGGGGAAUGGUCAGAAAUGUCCCCUGACGAUUUAUCAGAAUAUUUCCCUCUCCCCCCCACCCCGGCUAUUUUUCAAAAGGGAAAUCCACUCUGUGACAUUAGUAGGUCACUCCAUUUCUACAAGUUAAACACAAAUUGGGAGUAGAAAUGAUUAAUUGGAAGUAAAAUUGCUCUAUUUGUAGGAGACAAGCAUCUAUCCAGACUUCACUCAUUUUUUAAAUGCCAAAUCGUCCUGGCUUUCCUUAUGUGUAUAUCUAUAUCCAUCCCUGCCAUACCCAUUUCAUAAAUAUUGCUAUAAAAAUUAGGUUAUUUAUCUUGUCAGCAACCGAGGAUAAACAUCCUCUGCCACUUAACAAGCUGUGGAUUCCCUUUGGCAGCAUUUCUAGUGAAGGUUUUAGGUUUUAAGCUGCUCACAGAAUUAGGAUAAUGUAUGCAGGUAAUACACUCACAACUAGGGCAAAGUUCUAAAAGUGGAGCAAUCACCAUAGAAACCGUUGGAAUGUCCCUACUGAUUGCUCCACAUUCAGAACUUUGGCACAGAGACUAUACAUGUGGCCGACUGACUCUAUGAACUGGAGUACCGGUAAUCCAUUUUGUUUAGUAAUAAUGUACUUGGUGAUAUAGCACAGUAAUAACUUAUAACUCCAAUUAUUUAAGAUAUAUUAUUUUCAUGAAACAAGGCACAAGGUGCCACCAUUAAGGAGUGUAUUUACAUAUCAGCAUUAAUAUUGUACAUGCAAUAACUUGUUGUUUGUGCUUACUGGCUGAAGUCCCUUAAUUUAUUAAUUACUGGUGUAUUUACUGUACAUAUAAUGUGUAAUUAUCCAAAAUACACACACAUUUAGUAAACAAAAAUAGGUCGUUUCACAGUCAGAGAGAUAUAUAAUUAGAUGUACUGACACAAAAGACCUACUGACAAUUAACAAUUGUCUAGCAAGACUUGUCCACUGGCAUAACAACUUGUGCACUGGAAUAAUGCUUUUUGUUCUGUUCCAUGUGUGUGGUACAGAAUCAAAAAACAAGACAGUGGGGGCAUGGCUUUGGGGCUCAGAUGGUUUGGGUACUUGGUACUCUCUUCCUGACCCAGCCAUUAUCUGAGCCUUCAAAGCCAAAGUGCAAAAUCACUGGUCAUGGUCAGGCUCUGCAUGUCAACGUGUUAAGGCCGGGUUUUCUGUACAUGUUCUGUGAUCAAGAGGGUCUUCUUCAUUCACACACAAGAUUGUUGUCCAAUAAUCCUCAAUGGAUAUUAACUUCCAAAGACCCUAUCUAAGACACAGUAUACUUAUACAACGUGUAUUGUUUCAUUGUUAUAUGUGUACUGUACAUGCAUGUUAACCCCUCAAAGACCAAGUUGUACACUUUGCUGUGAUAGCAGUUUACUAGAUAAAAACCUUAUAUAUUUUGCCAGUAUUGUAUGAACUCCUUAUUUAGCAAUGGCAGUUCAGUGCAGCCCCUGCCAUUAUUACUUUAGUAGGUCCUAGAAUACUAGAAGAUUGUUAUGUUGGUAUAGACCACUGUUGGUCCUUAAGGGGUUAAGAAUAGUGUUAAUUUAAUACACCACCUACUGCUAAAAGCAAAGCCAAUAAUACUGUUGAAAAUGUGAGGGUUUGAAUUCAUCCAUGUUUACAUGGAUUGCAGUUCAAGGAACCUAAAUAUUUCUCAGACACAGUUAAAACUGGUGAACAGAUAGAGAUGAAUGAAUAUCUUUCACUAAUUAAGUAUUGCAAUGAGUCAUAACUAUGAUAUUUCAGCAGUUUCCUUAUAUCAGUUAUUACAACAUCACCAUAUACUACAGUCGUCAGGACUAUGGCAGUUGAUCACACACUGUCUCCAAGAUUCUGAUAUUUUACAUUCUUUGAGUGGGAUUUAAAUGUCACAUGUGACUAACUGUCACAUGUGAAUCUAGCUAAGAAUGAAUCAAAGAUAUGCUGUUAGUUGUUUAUUCCUUAAACAUUUUUUUAAAAUAUAUUUUUUGUUAGUUUAGAUUUGCAUGAAAUUCCUUCUGUCCGUAAACAGGAAGGCACUCAAUGCAAAUCUCUUGUUGUCCCAUGAUUCCCUAUGCAGGGAAACAACUUAACAUGAUCCCACUCCCUAACUUGCACAGCAGAGGUAAGUGUGUUUUUACUUAACUCUGCUGUACUGACAUCCCCAGGAAACAUACAAAACUGUGUUCUGGGGUGACUAAAAAGGAAUUGGUCAAAAAAAAAAGUUCCUAUAUGUGACUGUAUCUGUAGCACUAAUCAGUUUAUAUAAUAUACACCCCAGGUGCUUAGUGAUAUAGAGACACUUUUCUAGCCUGUUUGACUGAGUCCUUGAGAAGAAAUAGAGAUGAAAAGAGCCAUUUUGUUAUAUACUGAACUGUUUCUACAUUGGGUAUUUUUAUCCCAUUCUCUCUAUUUCUAGACAGUGGAAGCUCUCCUUCUAACCAGGCUGGGGAUUCUACUUGGGGAUCAGGACAGGUAUGUUUAAAAACCCCAACCAACACUAAAACUUCAAAACACCCCCUCCAUAAACAGCUAUAUAUGUAUGUACAUGUCUACAUAUACCAAUGGCCACAACUAGCAAAAGUCUUCCUGAGCAACAAGCAAUAUAUUAAUGUUACUCGUGCCUUGAGCUGUGACUCAGCAGUGCCAUUAAAGCAUUCAUCUCUUUCUUUCUUUCCAUUUCAUUCUUGGUAGAAACAGGUUAAAGUUACUGCGGAAGGUGCAGGGUAUGAGCUCAGCUGACAUGUAUCGAUGGAAACUUUCUUCCCAUGAGCCAUGCAGUGCCACGUGUACCACAGGUUGGUAAACAGACACACGGGAAGUCCCUCUGUCACCUGUGAUUUUUGUUUAAUGUUUUCAUUAAUAACUACAGAAUUUUACACUGUAUUAACAUUUUUAAACGGUUCAGCAUUUAUUAAAACAGGUCACAUGUAAUCCAUAAUUUUUUCUUCUAUUGCAUUAUAUAGCUAAUACAUUGAAACAUAUCCAUAAAACAUUUUAAACAAUAAAUAAAAAAUAUUGCUCACAUUUAAAGUUCUCUCUGGACACACAUAUAUCAUUCAUCUAGUGCCUAUUGUUGUUGAGAAUACGUACUGCAGCAUGGAAAUCAAAUGGUAACUGCAACCGAAAAACAGCUUACGUCCUUUAGAAUCGCGUAGGAACAACUGCACCUUGUUCAUUUGAAUAAUUUUAGUUUUUGUUUUGUUUUUUUAAAUAGUAUCAGAACCUUCAACCUCCAGGAUCUCAUUUUGACCCACUGAGGCUGUAUGAUACCCUCUCAGCUUCAAAACCUCGUUCUUUUAGCAGUAUUGGUGUUCCAGAGGCUGGGAAUGCAUGGCCUUGUUCACUUUUCCAAUGAAAGUGUUAAUGCAGAAAGCAUAUUGCAUACUUAAUCCGUUUGUCAGGUGGUUUGUCUGAGAGAACACAAAAAGUUCGAUGUAAAAAGCAAUUCUGGGUCAGAGUUCUAAAUGUGGAGUGGCCACCAUCGAAACCAAAGGAAUGUUCCUGUCAUUUGGGCCAUAUUUAAAACUUUGUUUGGAAUUGCUUUUUAUGGAGAAAUCCUAAAGCACAUUUAUCUUUACAGGCUCUGUUUCGCCUAAGGUUCAUUAUAAGCCAAAAGCUAAAGAUCGUAAAGACACAUUCCCUUUUUUCGCAUAGCAGGUUGUGCCAGCGACCACAUGACAAUUGUGAAUUCAGUAGCACUUCUAUACAGUAAUGCCUAGCAGUUGCCUUUCUGAGCACAUACCACACCUUCCCUCAAAAGGCUUGCUAUUAUCUGAAAGUUGUCUUGAAGUUCCGGAUGCCAGCUUGUUAGCAUAUCCACAUAAAACAUUUUUCCAAAUGCCUUCUGCAGGACCGGCAUGUGUGAAAAGCUUUGUGAUCUCUCACUGCUCCCCAGACAGACAUUACAAAAGCACACUCCCACAAAUGUUCAAAGACCCUACACUAUCACAAACAUUUUAAAGUCACUCUUGCUCAAUCUUUAAAAUGCCAAACUUUCAAAGGUCACACUCUUGAAUUUUCAUAGGGCACAUUCUCUCAAACUUUCAAAUUACAUAAUUUCUCAAACUUUCAGAGGUCACUCAUGAACUUUUAUAAACCAUACUCCCUCAACCAUGCUGUGUUUAGUAAACGGCAAACCAAACUCAUAGAUCACAUAUGACAGGGAUGUUGAACUGUGACCCACCCAUCAGAUAUUUUUUGGACUAGGUGUGAAAUAUUUUUCGUAUUUUAACUGAGACACUGCAGUACACAUGUACCAUAUUUACUCACAGUGGAAUAUGCAGUUAUAGGGUAAAAUAUAAUCCUAAUUGUAGACUAAUUUAUUCUACUAAAUUACAUUUUGCAAUAUAUUCUUUAUAAUAUCAGUAAUGGUUUCUUUGGUAUAAUAAAUGUCUCAAGGAACCUUUUCAGCGCUGGCUGUUUAUGUAGCUGUGAAUUAUGGUAGCAAAAUUUGGAUAUCCAUUAUCUUUUUAUUGAUUAAUUUGCCUCCACUAACAGGAAUAAUGUCAAGCUACACUAUGUGCGUGCGAUACGAUGGGGUGGAAGUGGACGACACUUACUGUGAUGCUUUGACCCGCCCAGAGCCUGUGCAUGAGUUCUGUGCAGGAAGAGAAUGCCAGCCAAGGUACACGGCAACUUCUGAGCAGUACUUCACACAACCAGCCAUAAAUGGCCAAAAAUAUCAUGUUAGAAAAUUUAAGGGAAUAGUUCAUGACAGUUCCCCAUAAGGUAACGUCUUAGUUUAUUUAGCAAUUAUCACAGAAUCUUGGCUGCUUGUCAUGUUACAAGCCUCUGCAGACCAUGUACUGUCUCACUCACUAAGGUCAUUAACACCGUUCCACAUGGCAUUUCAAAUACCCAUAUUAAUAAAUCUCACAUUUCCUUGCAUGUGAAAGAUUACCCUAUUUAAAUAUUCAGGAUGCAAAUGAUCUCCAGGGAAACUUGGUUAUGAUUUCCAUUUCCUCUGUUUGCUGAUGGAACAUGUCAAACCGAACGAUGGGCCCAUAAGCAUUUUUUUAACAUUGUCACGGCAAGUCUUUGAUGUCCCCUUGCUAGGUGUAGAUCCAAAACAGCAGUAGCUGUUUAAAUGCCCAUUGAAUUUGACUAAAAUGAGGCAGGCUAAGUCUCCCAUAACGCAAGUCAGCAUGGGAGAGAGGCAGAUGUGCUACUGGUGUGGUAUGGAGUAGCAGGUCCAUUUAAAUGUAAAUAAUACUCAGAGUGGUGACUGACAAAAGGUUUGGACUGCAUCCAGAAUGGAUGCUAAGAAUUUUUCACAUCUUCUGAGCCAUUUAAGGCUUAAAUCUGUCCUACUAAGCAGGGGCAAUACACAAGGGUGGGCCCAUGACUACUACUUGUCCCCUCUUUAUGCCACUUGCUGUACUGUUGUCAGUUUACUUUAGCACUUUAUCUGUUGCAGAUAAAUCUCAUAUGCAUUAACCAUCUUGAUAUGCACCUUGUUAUCACUAGAGCAUAGAUAUAGGGUUAUUCAGUAAACUAAGAAUUGUGUAACAUUUGCUAAUUGCAAAUUGUAAGCCAGAAUAUCCACAUUGAACAAUUUUUACAAACGUAAAAAAAACAUAUUUUUCAACUCAACUAUUUUGAUCUAAAAUGUGCAAAUCUUGUGUCAAUUCUCCACAUAUAUUGAGAAUAAACCCUGAUCUUUUAUGGCUCAUAUUUAAGUUUUGGCAUGUAAAAGUGAAGAUUAAAUGUUUGAAGAAUAAAAAUAAUGUCCUGUAUGACUGAGUAUUUUAUAAAUGUCUGCUUUUAAUUUUAAAAAUAUAUAUUUUCGUCCACAAUUUACCAUGACGUAUUGGCAUUUUAAGUUAAACAUGUGCUCAAAGUGGGUUCUUAGUUAUGAGGUUAAAAAAAAACAGAAUAAACACAGGCAAACUGAAAUGCAUCUUUUUGUGACAGAUGGGAGACCAGCAGCUGGAGUGAGUGCUCGCGGACCUGUGGGGAGGGCUAUCAAUUUCGAAUUGUUCGAUGCUGGAAGAUGAUAUCCCCUGGUUUUGAUAGCUCUGUGUACAGUGACUUGUGUGAUUCCGCUGAUAUCACCAAACCAGAUGAGAAGAAGGUCUGCAGAAACCCAACAUGUGGACCCCAGUGGGAAAUGUCAGAAUGGUCCGAGGUACGUCGAUAUCACACUUCACUCUGCACUAUAUUGUAAGCUGUGGGGGCUAUUUACUGUAUAACGAAAUAUAGGUGCAAAGUAGCUGAGUAAAUUGAUUCCGCUCAGUGCCUGAUUUUCCAUUAGGCAGAGUAGGCACUUGCCUACGUGCUCCAAAGCCUGCAGGGACAUACUAUACACACCAGAGCAACUACAUUGUUCUGGUGACUAGUGUCCCUUUAACUCCUCUUAAAACCUAAACACCUCAUGUACCCGAAUAUUAGAUUCAACCCAACUCUAGCCCUAAACUUAAUAAUGCUAGACAGCAUUCAUACUACAACUUUAACUUCUCUCAAGCUGUUAAUCUUUUUAACACUAAACACCCUGCAACAAGCAUGUCAAACUCCAAGGCUAACACGGGCCAAAUAAACAAGGUUUAAGUUCAUAUGAGCCGCAAUAAAAACAAAAACUUCAGUUUCAUAAAAAUUUAGGUUUAUUUAGAAAAGUACAGAAUAAAACAGUUGCCUAACUGACACUGGACGUCCUCACGCUCCUAGGGCUAUAAAGUAAACAAAAGAGCAAAUUUAUUUUAAGGUACAUUUGCAUAUAACCAAUGUUUCAGUCCAACUACCUUGACAUAUUAAGAAAAGUUUGGUAAUAGGACUGAAAUGGUGAAUGAAUGCUGUUGGACAGCUGUAGAAAACAAAUUACAUUAUCUUGAUUUUAUUUUGAAGUCUUGAAGUCCUAUGGGUGUGUUCUGCACUUGAUGAUCUCAGACAUGUGCAUGUGUGUCAAAAAGCUGCAUGGCCAAUCAGCAUCUCCAUGGGGAGCGUUCAGCGUCUCCAUGCCAACCCAAUAUAAUACACUGCCCCUCCCCAUUCUAAUACAUUGCUCCCAAACCAAUACACUGCCCCCCCUCCCUCCACUCUUAUAUGCUGCUCCCUCCAGCGAAUCUAAUUCACUGCCCCUUGAUCUAAUACACUGCCCCCUUCACCCCUCAAUCUAAUGCACUGUACCCCUCCCUCCACUCUAAUUGAAUACACUGCCCCCACACCCACCACUCUAAUUUAAUACACUGCCCCCCUCCCUCCUUGAUUUAAUACACUGCCCUCCCCCCAAUUUAACCACUGCCCGCUCCCCCACUCUACUUUCACCACUCUAAUACACUGCCCUUCCUCACCCAAUUUAAUAGACUGCUCCCCUCCUGCUACAAAUUAAUACAUUGCCCCCCUUCAAAUUAAUACACUGCCCACCCUCCUCAAUUUAACACACUACACAGGUAGGUCCCCUAUACCCCUUUUCUCCUACCUUAAGAUGAGUCCCUCGUUCUCCAGUUACAGCCCUGCUCCUCUCUGCUCUAGCAGGCCAGAGGCUCCUCUGGCACUGCGAGCAGAAGGGAAGAGGGAGAGGCUGGCCUGCUCUGCGGACAGACAGCCACUCUGUGCUCUUGUGGUCGCGGAAGCACGCGAUCGGCUGUGGGAGGGAAAACAAGAAUCAGUUGCAGCCACAACACAAAGCGGCCAGAGGGCAGGUGGGCCACAAAGAUAAUCAUUCUGGACCACAAGUUUAACAUGCUUGCCCUACAUAACUAACGCAAUUAACUCUUUUCUAAUCUGCAUACACUUACAGAUUCAAACCAUAUAUUACACGCAGAGCAGGAAUAUGCACAUACAUACGUAUAUAUAUAUAUAUAUAUAUAUAUAUAUAUAUAUAUAUAUAUAUAUACAUACAUACAUAUAUAUGCAAUUGUCAAAUAUAUGAAUAUAAUUUUUUAGAUGGUUUAGGCCUGCAAUUUCCAGUUAUUAUACUCACUCUAUCUGCCAUUUUGGGUAGGGGAGCAGGGGGUGCCUUAGAAUGAUGUGCCUAGAGGCACCUGACAUUUAAACCCAGCCCUAAUUGAGCUGGAGAAAAUAUUUGGCUUAGCUGUUCUGGGCAAUAUGUCGGUUCGCCACAAAAAAGAUUUGUGCAUAUAUUAACCGUUGUCAUAAUAAUGAAUAUAAGGGAAGAAAGUAAGACCGUAAGGUCCUAAACGGAAGAAUAGUACAACAAAGAAAGGGAGCCCUACCUUUAUUAAUCCUAAUGAUGGGAACAAUAUAAAAUGAACAGGAAAAAUAAGGGAGACCAAAGGAAAAGGAAAUGGUGUGUCAAAGCACAUCCAAAACCUAACUACUAACCUACUCAGAAUAGCCAGGCUAUGUCAAAAUCCCAUGCAAGCCUAGGUAACUAUACAUAGAGUGUAGGGAGUAGAAAGAACAGGUAAUAGGAGGAAAAUCACUGCUAGGCUAAUUAAAGGAUGAAACUAAGUGCAUCCUAAGAGGGGGAAGAGAAGACUCCCAAAAACCCAAGCCCAGUUCUAGAUCACUAUAAAGAAAAAAAGAAAAAAUUAUAUAAUGAAUGCUUAUAGUUGUGUACCUCGGCACUGUGAUGUAACACACAGAUGCCUACCUGUAUACCUCUCCCUGCCUGUCCAAAUAGCUAGUAUGCAUAAAUUAACCUAAAUAGAAAUCCAUAAUUCUGUGCUACCAAGUGAAUGAUAAAAGAAAAUAAAGAAUUAGCUCAUGAGGCAGGGAGAGGUAUACAACUAUACAUCACAGUGCCGAGGUACACAGCUAUAAUAAUUCAUUAUAUAAUUUUUUCUUUUUUUCUUUAUAGUGAUCUAGAACUGGGCUUGGGUUUUUGGGAGUCUUCUCUUCCCCCUCUUAGGAUGCACUUAGUUUCAUCCCUUAAUUAGCCUAGCAGUGAUUUUCCUCCUAUUACCUGUUCUUUCUACUCCCUACACUCUAUGUAUAGUUACCUAGGCUUGCAUGGGAUUUUCUGAGUAGGUUAGUAGUUAGGUUUUGGAUGUGCUUUGACACACCAUUUCCUUUUCCUUUGGUCUCCCUUAUUUUUCCUGUCCAUUUUAUAUUGUUCCCAUCAUUAGGACUAAUAAAGGUAGGGCUCCCUUUCUUUGUUGUACUAUUCUUCCGUUUAGGACCUUACGGUCUUACUUUCUUCUCUUUUUUUUCUUUGGAUACUGUAUAUUGUGGGUUAUUCCCUGUUUGGGAAGAAUAGUUUUAGGGCAUUUUAAACACUGACCCACGGGCCAAAUUGGUGACCCCUGGGUCAGUGACUUCAGUAUUAUUUCAUAAUAAAGAAAAUGCAAGGUUACUCACUAAAGUUCAAGAUGUUAUAGUGCUUUAUUACCUUAAGAGGUUAAAACGUUCUCAAAUCAGUACCUUUUUGAUGAAGGUCGAGCUACUGAUUUCUACAAUUUCAGAAUCCGGAUGUCACUGGGGGAACUGCAGAUCUGGCAUUAGAGGCAGCCUUUGGGGUUAAGUCAUUGAGAACGGUGUAACCACUUAAGGUAAAGCGCAUGGGGCCAUCCUGUUACCAUAACAACUUAAUUUAGAUUAAGUUGUUAUGGUGAACGGAGUGUUCAUUUAACCAUGUUAAUGUUUUAAUUCUGCAAAACUUUGACGCAAAUGUCAAACAGUAGCCACUGAGGCUGCAUUCUGUGGUUCAAAUUCCAAAGCAUGCAGCCUAUGAACAGACCACACCACUGCACUGUUGCAGUUAGGGGGUGAAUUGAGGAGAAUGUGUUUGGUAGCUAUAGUAUAUAUUAAAUAACUGUUCUCCUGUUUGAUACAAAGCAGCCAACUGUAAAAUUUUACUGUACCCAUAUUAUGAAUUUUGUCAUGUUCCCUGUGAUCUUCUCAAUUUUUCCAUUUUUAAUUUAAAAAAACGUGCGCACAACAAUUAUUCCAGUUUAUAUACACUAACCGUACUGAAUCCUCUCAAUCGUCAGAGCUGUUUUAUUCAGGCAAUUGUUCUAUCUGGUAUGUUUAGGGUAAUGCUGUGCAUCCCCCACUGGGAUAGAAAUCUUUGAUGCCUUUCUCUAGCCACUGGGCACUUUUGCCAACAAAACUAAUCUUAUUUGGAUCUGUGUUUAAUCACAGUAGGGCCAGAGCAAAUUGGCAGCACAUUAAACAGUCCCAAACAACAUGAUCAGAAAGCCAUAAAAAUCCCUGUGAAGUGCUAGAGAAACGCGCCGGACACACGCUUUACCUCAUUCAGCACCCUGCAUGGAAAUGCCGUCCACAGCUGAUAACCAGUCCUUUGUGUCACAAAACAGUUCAGGGAUGCCAAGAACCAGAGAUUUGGUGUGUGUUAUUGAAGGCAUUGGAUUGACUCAAUGCACAACUUCUGAUGUUCCCAUUGCAGUAUGGCAGGCUACACAUGUUUCACUUGUGAAAGGCAUAUUUACCCAGUAGCUCUUGGUAGCAGGAUCACAAAAAGUUACAGGUGUUUUUUACAAUUUUAGCUGGUACAACAUGAGUAUGCUACGGUUCUAGAUGAAGAAAAAAGCAACAUGCCAUUGUUCCCUUUUUUAGGAAAAUGUAUAGAGAUGUGAAACCUGGAUAUUGCAUUCAGAAAGUAUUCAGACCCUUUUGUUUUUCAUGCUGUUACAAUUGCUUGAAUUAUUUUUUCUUCACAUCAAUCUUCACUCAAUACCCCAUAAUGAAAAAAGCAAAAAACACAUUUUUGAAAAUGUUGGACAUUUAUUAACCAAUCUAACCAAUCCUACAUCUUUCUCAGCCCUCUUGUCAUUUUUCUCUCUUGCACUCAAAGAAAAAAUAGAUGAAUUCAAUUAAAAUGUGUUGAUGAAUGUGUAUGAUUAGAAUUGUGUGUAUAUGUUAAGAAUGGUGCUAUGUGCAUCUGUAGUGCUUUUCCUCUAAUCUCCUCGACUAUACCUUGAAUGUAUGCUCAUGACUGCCUUCAUUUUGUUCAUGUCUCCUUUUCCAUAGCCUUCACUCCUGAGCUCUAGAUUGUUGAAAGUGUCAAUAUGGAGAAGUAACUGUCUGAUAGUGACUUGUGUGUGUGAUUUCAACGUUGAUAUUUAAAUUUACCUUUUAUCAUUUACCAUUUUCCCUUGAGCAUGCCAACUUGCUUGUAACUUAUGCAAUCUGAGUUUGUUGACAUACACCAAAAAUUCACUUACCCAUGAGAUGCCGCGAAAGACCAGUUUUUCUUAGCUCAAGAUGUGCUAGUAAACAGCACAGACAUUUUUCUCACUUCUGAAUGUCAUUUAUUUUAGGUUUUAUAUUGUUAUGCUCCAGUUAGUAAAUCGAGCCCAAUGAGAUUAAUAUUCUGACAACCUUCCCUUCCUAGAACUGUGCCCAAACCUUGAACACUUUCACAAUCAUUUUGUUUUAUGUUUUUGUACUUAAUUUUCUUUUUUUCAGACAUUUGCAGCCAUAAAAAUUAUUUGUCAUUACAUUUUUUGUUAGACGGUUUUGUAGACUUUCAGAAGAGGAAAUAAAUAAAUAAAAUAAUCUCACACCUUAAACCAGAUGUGCUGGCAGCUGGCGUUCAUGUGCUGACCAGCUGUCUUCUUCUGCUUCGUACUUCAUGUCUGGAGACACACUGUGCUUGUAGGUAAAAUUAGUAGGGUCUGUAGUCUAGAGGUACAGGGUGACCCUUAUUCUGAAAUGCAAUAUUCUGCAUAAUCAGUGUCUUUCUGUUGCUGAGAAUCUAAUCUUGUAUUACAUAACACACUAUGUGUAACUCUCCAACACAGCUUAUUCUUUUAAAGACACCAAUUGUUUUCCGAACAUCUGCCUUCAACAUAGAAUGGACUGUGUGUUGACUCAACCAUAUCCAUCAUCUGUUAAUUAAACUGAAUGUUUCUCAUAGACAAUACUGGGCUGUAUUCAUAUUAUUCCUUUGUGUUUCUUUCUAAAUCUCCUUAAUUUGAAGAUCUCAUUAACUUGGCUUGAAGUCUGUACCUCUCAAUUUGUUUACGUCUUAAAUUGCGGACAUGCUCUAUGUACACUGUUGGAAAUGGGCUCGAGGACAAUGCAAAAUAGUUAUAUGGAUAGGAGAGACAGACGUGCUGUGUGAGUUUCACUGUGAUACAACUUGGAAGACUAGUAAAUGUGUUGGGGAUUUAUUCACUAAACCUGGAAUUGUAUAAAAUUGGCAAGUUAAUUAAUGAAAAGAGCCAAGCUGCAAAAGUAACGGGCCUUUAGAUUUAUUUCCUAGUUUAGUGAAUAAACUCCAGUGUGAAGUCAAAUGGAAUUAAAAAUAAUCUGUACACGGGGGGCGGCGCCUGACAGCGUACCGGAGCAGUCGUCAUAUUUCAUAGCUCCGACAGAUUGGAAAUAUAUCUGCCAAAUAUUGGACACAUCGAAUCCUUACCAGCCGUGGGUGGACCAGAUAUCAACAGAGGGUAUAUCGCUGAACCCGCUGAUGCCUUUCUUUUACACCGCGACUAGAAAAACCCGCAGCCGCGGCCCCAAGGUGUCGUAAUGUCAGGAUUACUGUUUGAUCCAGCACGUAGAACUGUACAGCACGAAUGACGACAAAUAAGUAACGUAUGGCCGGAUUUAACGUACAAAGAAUAGUCAAAAAUACUAGCCGAGGUCAGGGAACACAGAAAGGGACACAGCGAUGAGGAAAGCCAGGAGUCAGGAUACCAGAAUAUAGAGAAGUCAAUAAACAAAGCCAAAGUCAAAAACCAGGUAGAAAACUAUAAACAGGAAUGCGCUCUCGGACAACCACAAGGGAAACCACGACAGGGCACUGAGCAGGCUGAGAACUGGGCCUAAAUACCCCUCCUUUAGUUCUGAUAGGCUGUAACCGGCCUUUGACCCCAAAGUCAGUUACCAGGUUUCAUUUGCAUAAUUGCUGCUCAGCAUUAACCCUUCUGUGGAUUAGGUUGCUGCUCGGCACAACUUUUCCUGUGUGGACAGUAAAUGUCAUUAACCACAUUUCUAUAAGCGGAUGAAUACAUGACACCAGGUUUCAUUUGCACAAUUACUGCUCAGCAUUAACCCCUCUGUGGAUUAGGUUGCUGCUCGGCACAACUUUUCCUGUGUGGACAGUAAAUGUCAUUAACCGCAUUUCUAUAAGCGGAUGAAUACGUGACACAAGGCCUACCUGCUGACAGGCAUGCUUUAUUGCGACCCAGGUUCCCAUUGUUACCAACGCCACUUAACGGGACAGGUGGCUUACAAGCGCAAAACCCUGUACUGUUACCACACCACCAUCAAUGUGUUGAACCAAAGCAUCGUUAUUUGUAGCCCUAAAAUUCACCAUUAUUAACAAUGGCAAACUAGUUAUAACUACCCAGCCCAUUAUAUAUAAAAAAAACUGUGCAAUGUUUGUUUUAGCCAAGUCACUAUAUUCACAUGGUCACUGUUAUGUCUCAUACAUAUGCUGUUGUGGCAUAUCCAAAUGUGUCUGUACCACUGUUAUUGCACUGAAAAUAAAGAAUUAAAAAAAAAACCUGUACACAAUGUACAGUAAUGUGGAUGAGUAAGCGUUAAUAUCUUUGUUUUAAAGGGGAGCUGUCACUACAUUUUACUUUAUUUCAAGGGUGUGAAAAAGUAGAUGAAAUGAAAUGUUGAAAUCCACACUUUAUUCUGUAGUACUAGUGGAUGCCUCUAUCUUAGCUCCUUGUCAAUAUUUUUUUAAGCUCUGUCCUUUGCAUUUAGCAGUCAGCACAGAGAGAGCAUACAGAGAAGAGGAGAAAUUAAAAAUGUUUCUAUUUUUCAUUUGCAAUGUUCGUCCUUGCUUUGUCUUGUCUGAACUGGAUUAUGAUAUGUAUUUAAACAAAAAUGAAGCAUCUGAUAAAAAUAAGUUUAACAUGGUUUAUUCAAUGGUGUUAUUUCCAGAGAGGAUAUGGUGGGGUCUCAUUUCUUUGCAUUAAAUAAAUGGAAAUGUAUCUGUGAAAUACUGGAGGAUUGCCUUAACCAUGACUAUUAAUAAGCUAACCGUGAUCAAAGGCAAAUUAGUUUUGUGAAAUAUGAGCCUAACUAAUUUUUUUCAUUUCUUUAAAUAGUGUUUUGGUAAAUAAAACAUCUUCUGUCCUAGUGUACAGCAAAGUGUGGCGAGCAUAGUACAGUGACAAGGGACGUGCGCUGUUCAGAGGAAGAAAAGUUAUGUGACCCAAACACCAAGCCUCCUACAGAGAAAAACUGUACAGGAACACCUUGUGACCGGCAAUGGACCGCUUCAGACUGGGGACCGGUGAGAAGACAAUUUUACUGUUCAAUCUAAUGUUAUAAUGAAUUAGUGUGGAUUUAGGAAAUACAGGCCAUGCCAAACUACUUCUAACAUAUCAUAAUUAGAAUAUAAUUUGUAUAUUAAUUUUUGCCUGUUAACUCUUUAUAGAUAAUAGAAUGUGAUCUAUACAAUGUGCAAUACAUAGACACAUUUAGAUUUCAUCCAUUACCUUAAAAGGACAUUAUAGUCACAAAAACAACUUUAGUUUAUUGAAGCAAUUUUUGUGUAUAAAUCAUGCCCUUGUACUUUCACUAGUCAUUCCACUGCCAUUUAGGAGUUAGAUCACUGUUGUUUCUGUUUAUGCAGCACUAGCCACACAUCCUCUGCCUGUGAUUGACACUGCCUCCAUGAAAAAAAAAAGUUUUAAUUUUCAAUCAGAUGUAACUGACUUUAAAAGUGUUUAUCUCUUGCUCUGUAAAUUGAACAUUAAUUACACACAGGAGACCCCUGCAGGAUCCAGCAAGGUAUUAACAGAGCAGGAGAUAAUAAAUUAUAAAUUAAACAGAAUUUGCAAUAAAGGAAGUGUAACUAUUAGAUGACUCUUUACAGGAAGUAUCAAGGAAAGCUGCGUAAGUCACAUUUAGGGAGGUGUGACUAUGGCUGCAUAAACAAAGUGAUUUAACUCCUAAAUUACAGAGAAUGGAGCAGUGAGACUGCAGGGGCGUGAUCUAUACACCAAAACUGCUUCAUUAAGCUUCAGUUGUUUUGGUGACUAUAGUGUCCCUUUUAUGUUUUGACAUUGAGGUUAAAUUUCUAGUCCAAAAUAUGAUAACCACAAAGUGCAUACAACUGUACCCUCCCCUAAAUUGAAUUAGGAUGUCCCACAAUGGCCUUUGUGUGUGCAUGUGGUACGCAAUGCUGUACAAAGGUCUGAGCAUUUGAAGGCAGGUGGAGACAGGCACAUCCAUUUUGGCUACCAGCAGUGGCGUACACACGACCCAUGGGGCCCCAGUGCGAAAAUUGAUCCUUGUCCCCUGGUCGCAGGGGUGGCAGCCCACGGUAUGUACGCCAGUGCAUGCAGAUACACACACACACUUAAAGGACCACUACAGACACCCAGAUCACAUCAGCUCAAUUAAGUGGUCUGGGUGCCAGGUCCCUCUAGUUUUAAUCCUGCAGCUGAAAACAUAGUUUCAGAGAAACUGCUAUGUUUCACAAAGGGUUGAUCCAGCCUCUAGUGGCAGUCACUGACAGCCGCUAAAGGCGCUUCCGCGAUUCUCUCUGUGAAAAUCACAGUGAGAAGACGCUGGACGUCCAUAGGAAAGCAUUGAGUAAUUUGGAGCUGAGAGGUGGAUUGGGGCGGAGGGAUCCCCAGCGCCAAGGGAGUCCGGCGCUAGAGAAAGGAAAGUGCUGAAGGGGUUUUAAACACACACACUCUCACGAACAGACGCAUACACACUAGCUAACAGACACACACUCAGCGACAGACACACAUACACACUCACUUACAAAACAUACACUCUCACUGAAAAACACACACUCGCUAACAGACAUCAAACAGACUCACUAACAGACACACACAAACUAACACACUCAGUAACAGACACACACACACACACACUCAGUGACACACAAACUAACACACAGUCAAUAACAGACACACACAAACUAACACACACACAGAAAAACUAACACAGACACAGUAACACACACAUAUACAUGUUUUUUUUAAUAGUGAUCUCCCAGCCUCCCUACCUUUGGGAGUGCUGAGGAGAUUCCCUGGGGUCCAGUGGUGUUGCUGGGCGGCCGGUCCUGCGGGCUCACGAGGGAGCACUGAGAUCCUUCUGUUCAGCUCCCUCGCGCGCCGCUUACCGAUGCCGGAGCCGGAAUAUGAUGUCAUAUUCCGGCUCCAGCAUCAGUGCGGUGCGCGAGGGAGCUGGGCAGAGAGCGCUCAGGGGAGAGUGCUCCCUCGCGCGCGCUCCAUCCAGCCCACCCAGUGACACCAGGGCCAGCCUCGGGGGGCCCUGAGGUGGCCAGCUCCUGAGCCCCCCAGGAGAUGAGGCUGGCCACACUGGCAUUCAUACCGGGUCGCAGGGCGGCCGGGCCCCAUGGUGGGCCGGGCCCGGUCGCAGCCACGACCCCGGUAUGUACGCCAGUGGCUACCAGUUUGAUUUCAGAAAGUAGCGAGUUACAUGUGAAUAUAAAAUAGUAAAUUAUUUAUUAAUCACUAAUUACACAUGCUGUUUUGACUACUUUUCGGUUAUGUCACUUAAAUAUGUAUAAAACCUUUACAUUUUAAUUUAUUUAUUUUUUACUGGUGUAGCAGAACAUGCCAUAGCUAGUUUAUUACAGAUUAUUAAUAAAGUCUAUACAGAAUAUUGCAAUAUUUUUAUAGUGAUAGAUAAGUGAAUGUGGAUGAAAACAAUUAACAACAGACGCAAAGAAGCAUUUCAUUGAACACUAGUGAAUUUAAAUCUGAAGUGCAAAAUUUAGGCCAAAAUAGGUGAAUUGGAAAUAUUCUUCAACGCUGCUAUAGUCAUAGCUUGGCUAUUUUACCACAAUUCAGUGUCUAUUGAAUAAACCCCAUAUGAAACCUCACUAAAGUGUAUAUUAUCUGGAAUUCAAAAUUAAUUCAAAGUGAUUUUUGAGGGUAUUGAGAUUAUUUUUGUCAAGGUGAUGUUUAAUGUAUAUAAAAAGCAUUUGCAUUUGUAGAAUAAAACUAACUUUCUUACUUAUGACAUACAACAUAAUAUAUUUUAAGAAAAACACAAUAACAAUCUGAGCAUCAUGAAAAUGUAGUUCACAAGUGUUUGGGUUGUGAGAGGUGCAACUUCUGACAUCCUUUAUCUGGCGAUUGUACGCCAACAAGUAAUGGAAGGCCAAAACUCGAGAGGCUUGGUGUAAAUUUAAAUUCAUUGUAAAAUAUUUAUUUUUGUCCUGUUACAAAUUUCACAUAGCGUGUUCCACAGAGCAAUUCUUAACUAAUUUUUUCAAUCGAAUCUUUUUGGACCUGUGUUGGGCACCUUGUCUUUUAGUAAAUAAGCCCCUUCGUUCCUUCAUUUGCAAUUACGGCCUACAACAGUUAGGAACAGGGCAGUGCUUUUUGCAUAAUGCAGACAAACACAGUGUAAUAUCAGGUCAGGAAUACAGGAGCUUGGAAAAGACACCAUUCUGAUUAUUUUCAAGAGUAUCUGAAGAUAAUGGUUCCCAGUAGAGAAUUCAUUAUUUGCAGACAACACAGGUCUGGUUUGGAGAGUAGCUCCCUUCUGGGAACAUGAUGUUGGUCCAUUAAAAAGAUUUCACAAUUGCAAGUAAUCCAAUAAGCUUUAAAUUGCAAUGCAACUUCUGGUCCUCUGCUGUUGGUUUUAAUGAAUGUUACCAGGCAACAGUUUCCUAGGAGAUAGUCUAUUUAUAGUUGUAAUUGAUGAUUACCAAUGGAGGCAAAAAAUAGAUUUGGAAGAGGUGCAUGUUUGUGUCGUUCUGGUGGCUAGACUGUGCUUGAAGUGGAGUCAUGGCAGGAAUGCCCAGGGGUAGGGAUUAGUCAUAGGCCCUUUCCAAUUAUCUAUAGCUGGGCUUCCAGAAAAGAACUGGUUUGCGCAAAAAAGUACAGAAUUUGGCACAGGUUAAACAAGGGAAUUUGUUCAGCCAUGUUAAGCUUCUGUUCAUAACUCAUUUGUCUUGUGGUUUCAGUGCAGUGGAAGCUGUGGUCAGGGGAAGAUGAUCAGGCAUGUCUACUGCAAGACGAGUGACGGAAGAGUCGUCCCUGAAUCUCAGUGCAAUUUAGACACCAAACCUCUGGCCAUCCAUCCCUGCGGAGAUAAAAACUGCCCCCCACACUGGGUUAGCCAGGACUGGGAAAGGGUAAGAAGUGGACGAGUUCACAGACUUUAAAAUACAGUGUGUUAAACGGCACAUGUAAAAUAUCAUAGCUGACCAUUAAAAACAAUAAAUGCCAUCAGAAAAUAUAUGUAUCAACUUAGAGUUCUAACUGAUCUUUCAAGCAGAUAUCUGUUACCAGCAAAAUGAUAGCACUAUGGCAGUGAGUGACGACUGCAUAAAGUGAGUGGGGGAUACAGAGAAUAGGUGGUUGUAUAAAUUCAAGGGACCAGAGUAAGUAGACAGCUGCAUUAUUUGAAUGGGCUUUUUGCAUUGAGUAAAUGGCUGAAUAACGUAAAUUGGAUUUGUUCUAAGUGAGUGAGAAUUGCAUUACAGUUUAAGUGUUGUAUAUAAUGGGCCUUCGUACUAAUCCAUAAAAAUAUUUCAAAUUCCACAAUCAUUUUUAUCUAAACAUUUGCUAUGUAAAAUGCAAAAUGAAUAUAUCCAUUUAUUGGUGAUAGGUUUACUUAAUAAUAUGUUGUAUUAACAUUUUAAUCCCAGAUAGAGAGAUGUAUUCAAGUUAAAUAUCCAAUACUUUACUUGUUGACCUUCAUUUAUGGCAACAUUUAGUGAUGGCUAUUUAACACACUUAGAUUCAGCCCAGUCUAGGCUAAAUGUCAUGUAGAAAGGGGAGUCGAUACCUGGAAUAAAUGUAAUGUGUAAACUUUUCAAACUGAAUCAGUGAGAUAGAAGAUGUAGUAGAUAUUGGGAAGAAUUUCCCAGUAAAGGCAAUUUACAAUCCUGAAAGGUUUGUAGGUCACUUCAAUAGAUACACAUUACUAAACGUAGAUAUUUCAGAUUGAUUGGGAUAAGUACAAGGCCUGUUCUGAAGAUUACAUAAUUGGCAGGCUGUAUGGGACAGUGGAUAGCCAACUCUUUAAAGGUUCUGGGCUCUCUUACUUUGUUUAUAUUUUCCUCCUCCCAUUACUUCCAGUGUAACACGACCUGUGGCCGGGGAGCAAAGCAGCGAGUCGUUUUGUGCAUGGAGGUGGCUAAUGGCAAAGUCAAAACCCGCACUACCUCUGACUGUGAUGCUUCCAAGAAGCCCAGUGAGGAGAGCACUUGCUUCGAAAGACCGUGUUUCAAGUGGUACACCACACCCUGGUCGGAGGUAAUGAUCAUGCACACUACUUGUCUUAUGACCAGAGGUGUUUUGGGUUAUUGCUGCCAGAUGCAGCUUUUACAUAUAUGCACAUCUUGCCUAGAGACCAUAUCAUGGCUCAGAAAGAGGCUGGCAAAGCAACAUGGCAGUUUAGCUGGGUAUCUGACUUUUGGCUACCCUUGAUCUGGACAGUGGCCUCUUUUUUAACUGAAUUACCUAACCCCAUUUAUCUAUGGUUUUUUAUUUUUUAUUUUUUUUAGUUUUAAAUACUUUGUAAUGCAAAUUUGCUCCACCAGCAAUGCAUGUGUCUUAUUUUAGAGUAAAAUUAUAGAUGAAAAAAGAUUUGCUUUAAAGGGGUUUAUAAUGUGUGGUGUUUGGUGAUUCGAGGGCCAAAAGGGCCAUGGUAUACUAUGCCAUGGACAUCCAACUCAAUUAAACAUUCUCUAAACAAUUUAUUUUAAGGAGCCCUUUAAAUUAAAUUUAGUAGCUAGCAUAAGCUUAACCAGAUGGCAGAUAGUAACCAAUCUGUCAUUACAGUGCAGCAAAACAUGUGGAGUGGGAGUCCGGAUGCGAGAUGUCAAGUGCUAUCAAGGAACGGAUAUUGUACGUGGCUGUGAUCCAUUAGUGAAGCCUGUGGCUAAACAAACGUGUGAUUUGCUGCCUUGCCCCACAGAACCACCAGGUGAGUGACUCAACUCUAAGCGAAUUGAGGGCAAAAUAGAUCUUGUAUGAAGGCAUAAGAGAUCUUGUAUGAAGGCAUAACAAAUCACUUAAAGCAGAUCUGUCAUUUUCAGCGGUCUUUGCAGAUUUCACAAGGAAAGAUAAAACUGACAGAUCUGAUGUUAAAUCAGUGGCCGCGUAGGGGAUGUGAGUUUUACUUACCUCGGGCUGGUGACCACUGCCAUCUGCCUGCUGCUGUCCUCUUUGGCUCCUGAUACAGUUGCCAGAAGCCACAUCAGUGCUGUAUUCUUGUGCAUGAACGAGAGUACAACACUGAGGUCUAUGGAAGACUGCAGGAUCCUCCAUAGAUAAAACCUGAAUCCCACAGUCGUCAGUUGUGAUGGCUGCUGGGAUUGUACAAACGUUAACGACACAGUUCCACCUUUUGUGAACUAUUGUCAACCUCAGGCUUUACCAUAAAACAAAGUAAUACCAUAAAUAUGUACAUAAGUUAUUACAAUAUUUCAAAUAAAAUGAAUUCAAAUAUAUAUUCACCUUUGUAGUUUCUAUGUUUGACGCAAAUCCCCAGGUUUAGCAUCUACCAUCAUUCAGCUGUCCCCAAGAGGAAAUAGUUCACACCUUCCAGCCAAUCCUAACCAUUGUUCAGAUGUGAGGAUAAAUUUCCUGCCCUGCAUAGGUUCGUGUGAUGUGUAGUUCAGCAGUUCUAUUUAUUAUAAAGAUGUGCAUAGGCGUGCGCACUGGGUGUGCCUGGGCACACUCUAAUCCCCGCGGCACGCCUAUGUAUUGAGUCCUGCAGGAGCAGAGUUCCUGCACUUUUUUGAGCAGGAACGCUGUUCCUGCAGGCACUCAGCGCCCCCAAAUGCUCCCCUUUCACCCCCUGUCAUGGGGGGGGCUAAGGGGUGAUGGACCCUCCCCCCAGUCGGUUGCCUGUCUCCAAAUCAGACGUGGCGAAGGAGCGGUGUCCACUAUGCUCCCUCGAGCCGAUGCCGGGAGCCGGAAUAUGACGUCAUAUUCCGGCUCCCAGCUACUGUAGACAGCCUGCGCGGCGAGAGUGAGCAGAGUGGACACCGCUCCCUUUCCUCGUCUGAUCUGGAGACAGGCACCCGACCAACUGGACCCCAGGGACAGGUCCACGCCAGCUCUCCAGGUAGGGAGGCUGGGUGGACAUUUUUUAAUUAAAAAAAAUAAUUUGUGUGUGUCUGUGAGUGUGUGUGUGUGUGUGUGUGUCUGUGAAUGUAUGUGUGUGUGUGUAUGUGUGUCUGUGAGUGUGUGUGUCUAAGUGUGUGUGUGUCUGUAAGUGUGUGAGUGUGUCUGUGAGUGUAUGGGUGAGUGUGUGUGUGUGUCUGUGAAUGUAUGUGUGUGUCUGUGAGUAUGUGUGUGCACGCGUAUAUAUGUGUGUGUCAGUGUGUGUGCGCACGCGUAUAUAAUAUUUUGGGGGGGGAUCUUGGGAGAGUUCCCACACUUUAUUCCCCAGGACUUCUCUGGAGACCUCCGGAUCUCCCCUGUCGGCUCAAGCAGAGUCGGCACUAGCUGAGUGCCGGCUCUGCUCUAAGCCUUCAUGGGCUGGCGGGGAGAUCAAAGAUCUACCUCACCAGCCCACAGCAGCAUGGAGGGAGGCAGGUUCCUCUCACGAGAUCUGAGCAUUGCCAUGGCAGGCUAGAGUUCACUCUCCACUGGACCACCAGGGAUGGCACAUGGCAGUAAGGAUCCCCCCUCACUAUGUAAGGUAAGAAGGGAGGGGGGAUAUUUACUAAUCUGCUCCCACCUCCACAAUCCCUCCAAACAUACAGCACACACACACACGUACAGCACCCACACACAUACAGCACCCUCACACAAACAUCACCCACACACAUACAGUACACAUACAGUACACUAACUGCACCCUCACAAACACACACAGCACCUUUACUCACACACAACACCCUCACAAAUACAUGACUCCCACACACAUCACACAAACGGCACGAUCACACACACAUCACACAAACAGCACCCUCGUGCACACAGCACCCUCACACAGCACCCUAACAAACACACAAACACCCUCACACACAGCACACUACCAGCACUCUCACACACAAACAGCACCCACACAAACACCCUCACCCACAUAGCACACUACCAGCACCCUCACACACACAUCACACACUAACAUCACCCUCACACCACCCUCACACAGCACACUAACAGCACACACACACACCAGUGUAUGUGUGUGUGUGUGUAUAUAUAUAUAUAUAUAUAUAUAUAUAUAUAUGUGUGUGUGUGUGUAAAAAACAGAUACAAUUCUUAUCUUGUAAUACCUUUUUUAUUGGACUAACAGAAUUUAGAGUGUCUGUGCAUAUUCAUUCUAUUGUUACAUAGAGUGUCUGUGCAUAUACACUCUAUUAAACACCACAAAGAAGAAUCAUACUGCACUCCUGUGGGACACCACUUUACCCAGCCUGGCCACUCGCUGAAGGACCUAAAAAUCAAAGUACUGAAAGGGGUUUUUAAAAAUACCCAGGAAAGAAAAGCCUUUGAAGCCAGAGUGAUUAAAUGGUUUAACAGCAAGAAUAGAGGACUAAAUAUUGAUUUGGGAUUCCUGUCCCACUACCAACACUUUACAUGAACACUCUCCCAGCAUUAUCUUACUAUUCUGUCGUAUGAACCAACACUUUAAAAUGCAUUCCUAUAUGUUUAUUCUAUCUAUAUACAAAGUACUAUGUGUAGACCUAUGCUUUCCCAUACUCGUAUGCAUGAAUGCUUAUAUAUAUUACUGUGCAUUUAUAUUUGUGUAUAUGAGUUCAUGUGCAUGUAUGUAUAUGUGUUUAUGUAUAUGUACAUGUGUUUAUGCGUUCACAUAUACAUAUUUAUGUGUGUGUGCAUGUAUAAAGUGUACCAUCCUGUGCACUGUCUGCUUGUUUGUUUUUCUUUUCCCUCUCUCCCCCUCACUCUGCUCUUCAACAAGAUAUUUAUGACCCUCUGCUAAGAUGGUGUCUAUUUUCUAAGAAACCUGUGUCUUAUCUACACUCAUGUUACUUUAACCCUUGUAUCACAACUCAACUUUGAAUUCUAUGUGUCGUUUUGCUCAGAAAUGCUUCAGACUUGAGAAAGGGAGGUUCUCCCGAAAGCUUGUCAUUAAAAAAAUCUGUUAGUCCAAUAAAAAAGGUAUUACAAGAUAAGAAUUUUAUCUGUUUUUUACAUCUACAUCACUGGACUAAUACGGCUACAAUCUCUACUUGAUCUAUAUAUAUAUAUAUAUAUAUAUAUAUAUAAAUAUAUAUAUAAAUAAGGUGCACUCACAGGUCUUCAAAAGUACUUCAUUUAUUCCAUAUACAAAUUACAUGUGCACAAAAAUCUUCCAAUAAUCGACGUUUCUUGAAAAAGACCCUAUAGGGGUCGAUACGUCGAUUAUUGGAAGAUUUUUGUGCACAUGUAAUUUGCAUAUGGAAUAAAUGAAGCACUUUUGAAGACCUGUGAGUGCACCUUAUUUAUAUAUUUUUGUAUUUACAAUGCUGAGGUUUGCACCCAGGCAAUAUUUCUUUGGAUAUCCGCAUUAAAGGGUGAGUGCCAAGCUUAUCUCUUUAUAUAUAUUUAUAUUUUUAUAUAUAUAUAUACACACACACACACACAUGCAGCGUGUGUUUGUGCUUUAGGGUGCACACCCUAAUUCGUAAUGUCCCGAACGGUUCGCCGCGGACGGCAAACAUAUGCGCUGUUCGGUCCGCCCCCUAUGUCAUCAUUGAGUAAACUUUGACCCUGUACCUCACCGAACAGCGCAUAUGUUCGUCGUCCGUGGCGAACCGUUCGGGACAUCACUAACCCUAAUGCAAUAGGCUGCGCACGCCUAUGAAGAUGUGAAUAGCACUGCUGCCCAAGCUGAUAGCAGCAGAAAAAGCCACACACACACCAGCUUCAGAGUGAACAAUUUUGCAGAUUUUCAGUGCCUAACAUUCUGUCUAUUGCUCUAUGAAUACAGUUAUAUUCUCUGGUCCUCUUCCUCUAGAUGACAGCUGCCAAGACCAAGCUGGAACAAACUGCGCUCUGGCAAUCAAAGUCAAUCUCUGCAGUCACUGGUAUUACAGUAAAGCUUGUUGCCGGUCUUGCCGCUCUGCUCUUUCAUAA